AUGACUAUGGAAGAAGAGUCUCACAAGGACAUGGAUGGUUUGGGCUCAAUUCGCAGCGAGUCCGGUGGUGCAAGCCACGAAAUCCACACAGUACCAGUAGUUGCAGAGACCAACUCAGAAAACGAGCCUAAGAGUAUUGAAAAUAGCGAACAAGAGGUGGUUGAGUAUACAAAUGGUGCAAAUGUUAUUAACGGAUCGAAUGAAAUGGUAUUUGAACCCCAAGACCAAGGUAAUGGUGUAGAGCAUUCUGACACGCUCUAUGACAAUAUCCAGAUAUCGACUGUCGACAAAGUAGAAGAUCAGGCACCAAUUAAAACGUUCGAGGACAAUACGCAAAAAUCCCCGGAGCCUACAGAAACUACCGUAGAUAAGGGAAGCGAAAUACCCACGAAAGAUGAGUCUCCUAUACCUAAGGUUGAAACUAUCCUACAGGAUGAACAAAAAGUGGAAGACCUUUCGCAACUACCAGUACGUUCCCAGCAGACUGAGAAGAAGGAUGAGCAUAAAGAAUCAGACGAGGUACAACCAGAAGAUGGUUAUGAGCAACCACGGGCCCAAGAACCCUCUCUUCCUUUGCAGGCGGGCGCGUUAGCUGAGCUCGAUACUGACAAUCACUCCAACAAACAAUCUUUUGGUAUCGGCGAGCACAGCCAGAGCUCCUUGCCUAAAGAGGAGGAGGAUUCUUCUGGCUUACAUACUCAAACUACAGAGACACCGAAACCUAGCGACUUGUAUGUUCCACAAUCGCACGAAAUAGUGAUUCCUUCGUAUGCUCGCUGGUUUCAUUUGCAAAAGAUUCAUUCUUUAGAGAAGCAAUCCUUACCAGAAUUUUUUACCAAUAGAAUUCCAUCGAAAACGCCGCAAGUUUAUGUCAAGUAUCGUAACUUUAUGGUGAAUUCGUACCGUUUAAACCCUAAUGAGUACUUCACAAUGACAGCUGCAAGAAGAAAUCUAUGCGGUGACGCUGGCGCCAUCCUCAGACUCCAUAAGUUUCUGACUAAGUGGGGGCUAAUAAAUUAUCAAGUUAAUGCGAAGACCAAGCCCAAGCAGGUGGAACCACCAUUUACUGGCGACUUCACAACGAAGCACGAUGCACCAAGGGGACUUUUCCCUUUCGAAAGUUACAAACCUGCUAUCCAAAUACCAGAUUUGUCACGGUUGAAGAAACUCAUGCAUCAAAUAGAUUCGCCUGGCGACCAUAGCAAGGCAGAUUAUUCGAAUGAUUUGACCACGCCAACCGAAAAUGAGAAAAAAAGACCAUCUGAAGAGGGCACAGAUACGCGAACGACGUCAUCUAAGCUCCAGCGACCUAACGUGUUCGAUACGAUCGACAAAGAUUGGUCCAAACAAGAUCUAGAAAAGUUACUAAAGGGUUUACAGAUGUUCAAAAGUGACUGGCAGAAAGUUGCUAACUUUGUGGGGAACAAAACCGCAGAAGAGUGUAUAUUGAGGUUUUUGCAGCUUCCGAUAGAGGAUCCAUAUCUACAGUCCCAGUCCUGUGAAGAGUUAGGCCCUCUGAAAUAUGCACCUCAUCUUCCUUUCUCAAAGGCUGACAAUCCUGUCAUGUCAACAAUUGCAUUUCUAGUUGGCUUGGUCGACCCAGAGCUGGUCAAGAAAAUGACCAAUCGAGCCAUUGACUCUUUGAAAAAUGAUGGCCAAAGUGAAAUUCCUAAAAGUGAAGACUACAUAAAAGAGGGCAGCGAACUAGCCAUCGCAUCGCUGGGUGCAAGGGCGCAUGUGUUUGCCACUAACGAAGAACGCCAAAUAAACGCUUUGGCUAACGAACUGACGCAAGCUCAAAUGAAGAAAGUCAACCUGAAAUUGAAGCUGCUUGGAACGAUGGAGAAGUCUUUGGAAAUGGAAAAGAAAGCUUUACAAAAGCAGCAGGAAGACGUGCUUGUCCAUCGACUGUCUCUGGCGAAGCAUUCACAAUUAAUUGCUUCCAAAUUGCAGCAAUGCAUUGAUGAUCACGACGAUAAAAAGAAGCUAGAGGCCCACCUCAGUGAGCUUAAAGAAAUACAAAAUCGACCAGCCAGAGUCAGUCUAGGCAGAGGAAUGUCGUCAACCCCUUCCGCAAAUGGAACUCCUCGUGAACAGGGUCAAAAGUCUCUAAACGAUGCCAACAAUUCGUUUGUGACACCUGUAUCAAUUAAUGCUCCCCAGGCUUACCGCUACUGGUCAGGCUGA